UGAAAGUAUGGUUCGUUGAUCGUUGAUAGUUAAUUCCUUUUCACGGCCCUGGUAAUUUUUCGACGUCUAUCCUUAGGUUUCUGCAGGGACACUUUCGUUACCCUCAGAUUUGUAUUUUGGGAUUCUAACUGGGCUUUUAUUGUCUUCGUGGAAGAGGAAACCUCGAGCUGAUCGGUGGAUAAAUCAAUGUGGAAUCUCAAGGAAACGAUGGACCUGCCUGUUUCUCUGUUCUGGUGUUUCCUGCUCUUUGUUUCGCGGUGCGCCGCUGCUCCUGUCUCAGAGACCUUUGCGGUUUCGGUUCAGUCUCCUCGCUCGGUGCAACGCGGCCAUGCCGUCACGUUACCCUGCUGGAUCAGCCCCCCUCAAAGCGCAGAGGAUCUGGAAGUCCGUUGGUAUCGGGGCACCGUAAACUUUGACACCCCGGUCAUGCUGUACAAGGCAAAGGCGUUCGAGCAUGAAUCCCAGGAGGCUUCUUAUUCUGGCCGAGUCUCGUUCGGAUUAAAGGACACGACAUCCGGCGGGCUGAAGGCAGGUGAUGUGAGCCUGAAGCUGGAAAAUGUCACGAUUGAAGACGCAGGGGAUUACACUUGUUAUGCCAGCAGCUUAGAUUCAUAUGACAGCUCCUCUGUGACUCUCCAUGUGAUGGAGGCAGGCAGCACCCCCCUCCUGUCCGCAGAGUGGAAAGACAACGUGGUGAAUGUGAGCUGUGAAUCCGAGGGCUGGUACCCUCAACCUCAGCUGCGUUGGUCUGACAGGACAGGAGACGUGAACCCCAAAGGUUUGGUGUACAGGAAACUCUCCUCCGGUCUUCUCUCGGUCCACAGCUGGCUUCUUGCCUCAGAAUUCUCGGAGGUGUCCUGCUCAGUGGGUGUCUCUUAUAUGGAGGGCAAGAAGGCACGACUGCUCUUGGGGAAAACUCCUGAAAAAGCACCCUCUGUGGGCGGUUGGGUAGCUUUCGGUCUGCUCCUCGUCGCUUUGGCCGUACUAGCCGGUUUAUUCUACUUCAAAAAGAGAGGGAAGAAACCCACAGACUGCACUGAGGAGAACAAUCCACUUUUACCAAAAACUGUGUUGCAAGCUCGCAAGUAUUACAGAAAUAUUGAACUGGAGGAGACAAGUAAUGACUCUCUCAAAACCAAAGGGAAUGUGCUGAGAGACGCUGAAGGGAAAUUUCCAGAUGGAGAUAUGGUUACGUGUCUCACAGCUAUCAGAGGAAGACCAGCUUUCUCCAGUGGACAACACUACUGGGAGGUUUCCUUGUGGAAACCUACUAUAGGCCAAAAGAAGUCCUGGUGGAUCGGAGUUACAAGUGUAACUGCGAUCCCCCAAACAAAGUGUUUCUCUGCCAACGCAUCAAAUGGUUUCUGGUUCCUGUCGUCCUCUCCCGACACUGAAAAUACUUUACACCUUAGCACUGAACCAACAGUGUCCCUGCCUAUUCAGUCAAAGCCCAAAACGGUUGGAGUUUAUUUGGACUUCAGCCAAAAGGAGCUCUCUUUUUAUGAUGUAGAGGAAAAUAGCCCGAUUGGGUCUUUCACGGUUUCAUUUACGGGGGAAGUAUUCCCAUUAUUCAAUCCCGGGAUAGGCGAUAAAGGGCCUAUGGAGAUAAUACAUGUGUCAGAGCAGUCUAGUGACAAUGGAAAAGUAGAUUCCGGAGAACAGUCUGCUUCUCAAUCUACAGCAUAAGUAACUACAGUUAUGACUAAACGGAACAGUUUGAAUCUCAGUCUUGGACUUUUGUCCUUUGCUGAGUUUCAAUUGUGUACAAAUCUAACAAAAUCCACUCUACCUUUCUCAUUUGUAAAUAUUUAAGGAAUCAAUGGAGUAAAAAAGGUAACACUUUUAAAGCGCUGACCAAUCAGACCAGACUGGGCUUUAUUGGAUGCAGAGGCAGCCUCCCCAAACCCCCAACAUUUUAUCUUAAAAAAAAGGACCCGUACUGGCAUAUAAGGUUUGAGUCCACCCCCUGGUGGACAUAGGAAUUCUGAUUCUUGUAAACGGUACUUGACUGGAUUAAAAAUUGAGUUCAUGUUUAGUCGAUGUGUUGCAGAGGGAUUUUCAGGUACCAAUUUCCUCUGACACUCCUAAAUUGUAACAUUUUAAGUGGUGCAUUUAUGUUUUGAAACGCAUUUUUUACUUGACUUCUUAAAUUAGGAAUUCCAGUCAUAUGCAAAUGGUUAAAAAAAUCUUCUGUGCAAGAAGAACUAGAGAUUGCAACUAUUAAGGCAUUAACAAGGACUGUGCCACUCAGUGCAACUUUGUUGUGUUUUUCAAACUUAAGAGCUGACACCACACUAAGUUUUAUCAUUAAAUGUACUCAAAUAUCCACUACAAAUCACAAAACUACAUCAGAACGUCUGUUCUCCUACUCCAGCUAAGCUAUUAUGAAACACAUUUCCGGUCCAACUGACUCAUACCAGGUCAUUUUUUAACCUCUUUUCAAAUGAUCUCACAUUGUAUGUUAAAGAAAAUAUAGAAACAACAGUAAAUAUUAAUUUUUUGGUUUUAAGCUACUGACUUGGUUGUAACAGUCUUGGGAGAUAAAGCAUAUUUAAUUUCCUUAAUUCAUAUUUUUGUGUAACAUAUCUACUAAUGUGUGUCCAUGUAGGAUGUGAUAGUCAAACCCUGAACUCAUGUAAACUUGACUUUUGCUUGUUAAAUGUAGUUACGAAGGUUCAAAACACUCACCUUUUGGCAGCUUUAUGCAGGAGAUUACUAGAAUUGUAAGUCCCUGUGUGUAUUUGAUGAUCUUGAUACAUUUUAAUCGUAAAAAUAGGUGUAUUUUUUACCAGUGACAGUGUAUGUUGUGUAUACGGUGACUGGUACAUGUGUUAUUCCAACAGCAUGCUGUAUUUCUCAGGUUUUCAAAUAAAGGGGGGG